AUGGGAGAAGUGCAGUUAGUUGUUAACAACUGCCUUUUGGAAUUGCAAGGAUUCAGGAAAGAGGAACUAAACUAUGUCGUUCGCCUCGCUCAGAUGAUUCAGAGAAUUGAGCAGUUGAAUGAAGAAGAUGAUUUUUAUCAAAAAACAAUAUCAAAGUACAUAAUGGCAAAUUUGAAAUCUUCGAUGGUCCAAUUAAAUUUUCUUUUAGCAAUUGAUAGUGAAGAUCCACUCGUUCUACUUGGUGUCGUUGACAGCGACAUGGUAGGGAAGAAGAAUUUGGAAGAUGAAAGAAAAAAGGGACGGGAUGAAGAAUGGGAGAGGGCUCAUCGGAGAAGAAGAUUGGAGAGUAGGACAUGUAGGUCAUUGAGGAGAAGAGGUGGUCUGGAGGCUGUGUUUGCCUCUGCUGAUGAAAUAGGAGAAGACAGAGAGGGUGCAGGGGAAAUGGAAGUAGACAAACAAGAGGAAGAGGAAGAAUCUGGGGAGGAAGAGGAAAAGAAAAAAGUUGUGAACAAGGGAAAAGAUAGAGGUGCAAUGAAAGAGGAGGAAGGGAAAAGGGAUAAUAUGGAUUCGCCCACAACACCAGGUUCAAAGCCAUCGGUGGAGACAUACACAAAACAGUUACCGUGA